AUGUAUGCUGUGACUGGUAGUGAUGAGGAUGACUGUUACCGGUGUUUCCCGCCCGACCCGGGCAUUGGUACUGCCGCGUCAGGUACUAGUGAGGCUGCUGCUCUAGGUGCCAGUGCGUCUGUGCUUUCAGGUACUGGUGAGUCCGCCCUCUCAGGUACUGUGUCGGCUUCGGCCUCUCACACCUUCACCCUUGACUCUGGAGCGUCUCGCUCCUUCUUUAGGGACCGCACCACUCUCACGCCGCUGAGUCGGCCUGUUGCGGUGUCCCUGGCGGACCCCUCUGGGGGGCCUGUCCUGUCUCGCUUCUCCACUGUCCUCCCGUGUCCGGCGGCCCCCUCUGGCACCCUGACUGGUCUCUACCUCCCCUCGUUCUCGACGAACUUGGUGAGUGGUGCUGACCUCCAGGAUGCAGGUGUCCACCAGUUCACCCCUGCUCGUCAGCGGGUGACCCACUGUACGGAGGCGGAUACAGGUCGCCACCUGGCUACGUUUACACGUCGGCCGGGGUCGAGCCUGUACACAUUGACCACUGCUUCUCCUCCAGGUACUGCGUCUGGUAGGGCCCCUUCGUCUGGUCAGGUGUUUGCUGCAGCGUCCAGGUCUGGUCCUGAGUCUGCCCCUUGUUCGUGUCGUCGUCUGUCUCACGAGACCCUCCUCUGGCACCACCGCCUUGGCCACCCCUCUCUGCUUCGGCUCAGAGGCAUGGCCUCGCGGGUCCUUGUGUCUGGUCUUCCCCGGUCCCUCCCUCCCCUUCCUCCGGGCCCUGGCCCUGCCUGUGUCCCCUGUGUCGAGGGGCGCCAGCGUGCUGCCCCUCACUCCUCCCAGUUUCCUCCGACAGAGGCCCCGUUGCAGACGCUUCACAUGGACGUGUGGGGCCCAGCCCGCGUCCGUGGACAGGGUCAGGAGCGCUACUUCCUGCUGGUGGUUGACGACUACUCGCGUUACACCACAGUCUUCCCCUUGCGCAGCAAGGGUGAGGUCACUCAGGUGUGGAUCGACUGGAUCCGCGCAGCUCGUCUUCAGCUUCGGAGAAGCUUUGGCUCUGACUUCCCUGUCUUGCGUCUGCACUCGGACAGAGGCGGAGAGUUCUCCUCUGCCCUCCUGAGUGCCUACUGUCGUGUGCGAGGCAUCCGUCACACCUUCACGCUUCCGGACUCACCACAGCAGAAUGGGAUCGCUGAGCGCCGCAUUGGCAUGGUCAUGGACGUCGCUCGUACGUCCAUGAUGCAUGCGGCUGCUCCCCAUUUUCUGUGGCCGUUUGCGGUCAGGUACGCUGCGCACCAGAUCAACCUCCACCCCAGGGUCUCUCGACCGGAGACCUCCCCAGCUCUGUUGUGGACGGGGAAGGUUGGCGAUGCGUCGGCGUUCCGGGUCUGGGGAUCUCGGGCGUUUGUUCGCGACCUGUCUGCGGACAAGCUGUCCCCUCGUGCUUCUCCCUGCGUCUUCCUCGGGUUCCCCCCCGACGCCCCUGGGUGGCAGUUUUACCACCCCACCUCUCGACGUGUUCUGUCCUCCCAGGACGUCACGUUCGACGAGUCGGUACCCUACUACCGCCUCUUCCCCUACCGCACUCCGUCCCUCCCCCCACCCCCGCUCUUCUUGGUACCAGGUCCCCCCCCAGUAGUCCCCCUCCCCCCUCAGGGUCCUGCCCCUUCAGGUGUGUCUCAGGUAGACGCGGUCGAGCCUGUCGAGGUCACUGGUGACUCCGGUGCUGCUGCGGGAGCUGAGCCUGGGGGUGCUGUGCCUGGGGGUGCUGAGCCUGGGGGUGCGGAGUCUGGGGGUGCUGGGCCUGGGGGUGCUGAGCCUGGGGGUGCUGUGCCUGGGGGUGCUGAGCCUGGGGGUGCUGUGCCUGGGGGUGCUGUGUCUGGGGGUACUGAGCCUGGGGGUGCUGAGCCUGGGGGUGCUAAGCCUAGAGGUGCCGAGCCUGGAGGUGCUGUGCCUGGGGGUGCUUCGUCUCGCCGGGAGCCGCUCUCUCCACAGGAGCUGCGUGAGUGGUUUGCCCGGCGCUGGAGGCGUGCCGCUGGUGCUGGUGGUUCUUCGGCUGCGGAGGGCGCUGCUGCCACGCGACCUGGCGGUGCUCGUCCUGUGGGUGCUGGAGCUGCUGGGUCUGAGGGUUCUCCUGGAGCUGGUCCUGCUGAGGACGUUGGCGCUGAGCCUGCGGUUGGUGGUCCGACUGAUGGUGCUCCUGGUGCUGCUGCUGGAGGUUCCGGAGCUUCUGGUGGUUCUGCUGGAGGUGCUGCUGGAGUGGGUGCUCCGGCCGGAGCUGCUGGUUCUGUUCCUGCUGUUUCUGGCGUCGCCGCGCGGUCUCGACCGUACUUCGUUCCGCUCCUGGAGCAGGUUCUUGGUCUUGCUCCUCCUCCUCCUCCCUUAGAGGGUCCGCAGCCUGUCCGGUCACAGCCACAGCUAGAGCCUGCCUCCCCUUUGCCUGCUCCUUCUCCCUACGCUGGUCCGACUGGAGGCCUUACUGAGCGUCGUGAGCCUGCGUCUCGUCCUGCGUCGCCUGUUCGUACUGAGCGCGCUAGUGGUCGCGGGUCGCGUCAGCGUCCUCCUCCUGUCCCUGGCACGCACCGGAUGUCACUGCGUCCGUCCACUGCUCCUCUGCAUGCCCCUUUGCCUUCUCCUCCUGCUUCCUCGCUUCCUGCUCUUGCCGACCCGGAGUCGGACUCUCUUCGUGCUGCCAGUCCUACUGUCACGCGUCUCCUUGCUACUGCUGUCACUGACCCUUCCUUCGAGUCGUCUGCUGCGUCUGCCCUUGUCACUGAGCUUGUCGACUUUGCUGCGCGCUGUCGUCUAGACUACGCUGCUCGUCUUGUCGCUGAGUCUGAUUCCGCCUGUCCUCCGUCCGUCGGGGGUGAGUGUGCCCUUGGCACGGACGUCCUAGAGGACAGGCAGGAGGAGUUCCAGUGUCUAGCCGCUGCUUCACCUCGUCUCGCGUCUGUACUGCUAGCCCCUGAGGGAGACCCGGAUGCACUAGACAUCCCGACUCCGCGUUCUUACGCGGAGGCCGUAGAGGGUCCCUACUCCUCUCAGUGGCAGGCAGCUAUGGAUGCAGAGAUGGCUUCCUGGAAGUCCACAGGCACCUACGUUGACGCGGUUCCCCCUCCUGGGGCGAACAUCGUCAGUGGCAUGUGGAUCUUCAGGGUGAAGCGGCCGCCGGGCUCGCCGCCUGUCUUCAAGGCGCGUUACGUGGCUCGUGGCUUCAGUCAGCGGCAGGGAGUUGACUACUUUCAGACCUUCUCUCCCACCCCGAAGAUGACCACUCUUCGGGUGCUGCUGCACAUUGCCGCUCAGCGCGACUACGAGCUUCACUCUCUCGACUUCAGCACUGCGUUCCUGCAGGGUAGCCUGCACGAGGAGAUCUGGCUGCGCCGUCCGCCUGGCUUCACUGGGACUUUCCCUCCUGGCACCCAGUGGAGCCUCCGACGGCCAGUCUACGGUCUCCGCCAGGCACCGCGUGAGUGGCACGACACACUGAGGACUACGCUUGCGGCUCUUGGGUUUGCUCCUUCUACUGCUGACCCGUCGCUGUUUCUUCGCACCGACACUUCCCUGCCGCCGUUCUACAUCCUCGUGUACGUCGACGACUUGGUCUUUGCCACAGCGGACACUGCUGGACUCGCCUACGUGAAGUCCGAGCUGCUGAAGAGACACACGUGCACAGACCUGGGUGAACUGCGCAGCUACCUUGGCUUGCAGAUCACUCGGGACAGAGCACGCCGCACCAUUACCCUGACUCAGUCACACAUGGUGCAGCAGGUCCUUCAGCGCUUCGGCUUCACGUACUCCUCGCCUCAGGCCACUCCUCUGCCUACUCGCCACUCACUCUCAGCUCUGCCUUCGGAUGAGUCCGUAGAGUCGAGUGGUCCGUAUGCAGAGCUUGUUGGCUGCCUCAUGUACCUGAUGACCUGCACACGACCUGACCUUGCAUACCCUCUGAGCAUCCUUGCACGCUAUGUUGCUCCUGGGAGACACCGACCAGAGCACAUGGCUGCAGCGAAGAGGGUAUUGCGCUACCUGUGCAGUACGUCGGGCAUGGGGCUAGUGCUUGGAGGGCGGAGUCCAGUGGUCCUUACUGGGCACGCAGACGCUUCUUGGGCUGACGACCAGGCUACGCAGCGGUCGUCACAGGGUUACACCUUCAGCCUUGGUUCCGGCUCUGUCUCGUGGCGGUCUACUCGCUCGUCUUCGGUUCUCGGCUCCAGUUGUGAGGCUGAGAUCUACGCCGGGGCCAUGGCUGCACAGGAGCUUCGCUGGCUCACCUACCUGCUGACUGACCUUGGAGAGCUGCCUCGUUCUCCUCCAGUGCUGUACGUAGACAACAAGGCCAUGUUGGCCUUGUGUCGAGAGCAGCGCUUGGAGCACAGAACGAAGCACAUUGCUCUCCGCUACUUCCUUGCUCGUGAGCUGCAGCAGCGUGGUCAGUUGCGACUUGCUUACAUUAUUAUAGCUGAUGCAUGUUUGUAG